AAAAACUAAUCUUUUCUUUCAAAAUCUCUAAUUUUUAACUUAAGGAAGGGAAAAAAAGAACGAAGUGGUGCCGGAAACAGAAGAAAAAGAAAAGAAUCAGUCGAAUCAGAAAUGGCGUGCAGAAAUAUUGUGUUUCGUUCUGUUCUAUUAACGGAGCCGUGGCGACCCCUUCAUCUCAGUCGGACCUCUCUUUGCUCUUCUUUCAGGAUUUGUGGAACUCCUCCUGCGCCUUCAAGGCUUACCGGAAAACUCAGGACCAGUGGAGCUCGAGAUUUUCACUUCAACUGCUGCCAUAACGAAACUCCUGAGUCUUCUUCGUCACAGGACGAACAGGGUCCCCCUCAGGAAGUUGUUCUCAAAGCAAUUUCAGAGGUGUCUAAGACGGAAGGGAGAGUUGGGCAAACGACGAAUGUGGUUAUUGGAGGUACAGUGACUGACGAUUCUACUCGUGAAUGGCUCGCUUUGGAUCAGAAGGUAAACUCUUACCCAACUGUGAGAGGGUUUACAGCAAUUGGAACAGGAGGUGAUGAUUUUGUACAAGCUAUGGUAGUAGCCGUUGAAUCCGUUAUUCAACAACCUAUUCCGGAGGGCCAUGUGAGACAGAAAUUAUCAUCAAGAGGAAAAUAUGUAUCUGUCAAUAUAGGACCAGUUCAAGUUGUUUCUAGUGAACAGGUUCAAGCUGUAUACAACGCCAUGAGGAGGGAUGAUCGGAUGAAAUACUUCUUGUAGUUUGGUUGUUCAUACUUAUGUACAGAAAUCAAUUUUCCAGGGCUCUGUAGCUGCCAUCUUAAUUCCUUUAGAUCAUAUUUGCUCAAGUAGUCUGUUCUGUUCUGGUGCUUUCUUUGUCAAUUUACAAUGGCAAAGUAAGCUUGAGAAUUUGGAGUUUUUAAAGUUUAAUCCAUGUACAUGCUCAAGGUAUAUACGAGUAUAAUUAGCUUAAUCCUAAGCUAGGCUUACUCAAUUAAUCUGUACUUGAUUCCCAAUUACUUAUUGUGACGACUUCCUUUUUUUUUA